UAAUAAUGUGUCAAAAAUAUCAGUUUUUAAAAGAUUAUUAUUUUUUCCCCCUUUUUUCUAAUCCACUUUUAUAUUCUUCUCUAGAAAGAAAAAUUAACUUACUCAUUCUGGUCCACACACACCAAACAAAGACAAAAACAGAAAACAAAAAAAAAAACCAACGAAUUCUUUGUCAUCGAUCAUAUUCCAAUCUCUAUAUAUAAACAUAUGUCAAAAACUUAAAAAUCAUAUAUACAUACAAAACUAACUUCUAAACUACACACCAUAUCCAAAAUGGAUUCACCAACCCUAAAAAUCUCAACACUUUCCCUCUUCUUGUUCUUAUUCCUAUCAUCAACACAAGCACAAACAUCAAACUUGGUUGACUCAGUCUGCAAAGAAACCCUAGACUACACCAAGUGCUUGGAAGCUCUGGAAUCCGAUCCCAAAUCAAAAACCACAACAGAUCUCAAAGUUCUUGCCAAGAUAGCGGUUCAGUUAUCGAUAUCGAAUGCGAAAGGGAGCCUGAGUUUCAUCCACGACGAGAUCAAGAAGGGAACUGGUGGUGCUCAACAAGAAGCACUUGAGAAAUGUGCGUCGUCGUACGAAACCGUCGUUGAAUCGUUCAACAGUGCGCUCAUAGAACUCGAUGACGAUGUUCUGUCGGCUAACUACGACAUCAAAGUGGCCGGUGACGACGUUGAUUCGUGCAAGAGUGAGUUGGUUUCGAAAAAGGUUGAAAUUCCUGCUUUGUCUGAUAGGAACGAUCAAGUGAAAUUGUAUAGUAAUAUUGGAUUUGUUAUCACUAAUAAACUUUGAUCAUAUGUAGUUUCUCCUUUUCAUUAAUUUUUUUUUUAUUGUCUUUGAGAAAAAUAAGAAACGUUAUUUGUAACGUUAGAUUUUAGGAUUGUGGAUUUGUAUGGGAAAAGUUGUGAUGGAAUAAGAUAUAAUAAGAA